UUGAUUCUUCUCUCUUUCCCUUUUCCUUUCAGCUGGCCUGGUCAGGUCACGACAUGUGAUUAUGAUGAUGAUGAUGAUGUUGUCGGAAAGAGGGGUGGAUCUGUGUCACCGGCGGCGGAGGAGAUCGACAAACCAUGAUAGCACGGUAUGUCAUGACCUUCAUCAUCAUCAAUGACAACACAUCUGCGGAGACGGCAUGGGAUGGGAUGGCAUGGGAUGAUCCUCCGAAUGGAUGGCGUGAGUCCUGCGCUGUGUUGUACUGUGCUGUGCCUGUGCUGCAUGGUACUGGCUGAUGAGCCGAAAGCUGUCGGGAUCUGCCUUGUGAUAUUAUCAUACAUAAAAGGGCGAUGGGUGUAUGUAUGUACUGUAUAUGCGGUAGGAGGAGAACAGACGGCAGGACCCUCCUACUACACAAGCAAUGGCUGUUCCUAUGUUGUGGCUGUGUCCGGUAUGUCUUUCUCUACUGCCAGCUUACGCGCAAUCGAUCCACGAUCUAGUGAUAGAUGGCUUGGUGAAGGAGAUGGAGGAGAAGGAGAUUGGAACGGCAUUCGGCACGAGGUUUGGCUGUCUAUAGCGAGAACGCACAGUGCAGGGAGGCGUGCAUCCAAAAGCCACAUAACUAGGUACAGUAGGAGGAGAUGCCGUCGAAUGCCAGCCAGCCAGGGCGGGUGUUUUGAUGGGCGCGAGUCAAGAUCCGGGGCAGUGCAGCGACAAUUGUAAUAGUAGUAGUAAUAAUAACAAUAAUAAUAAUAAUACAGUGACAAUAAUAAUAGGGCCUGGCCGUGAAGAACCCUUGGAAGAACCCUUGGACAAUGCAUGAAUGCGUCCCUAGGUAUGACUCUCUCUCUCUCUCUCCCCCUCUCUUUCCUUUCAUUCCUCAAAAAAA